AUGGAUUGGAUAGAGAAGAUAACAGGAGUUAUUACCUUGUUGCUAAGCUCUCAUGUUCCUGAGAGGUGUUUAUCUGGUAGUCCUAUGGGUAGUAGCCAUCAUCGAUCCGCCAGUGAUAGCCUAUCCAAACCCCAACCACCUAUGAGUUAUUUGAUGAAAUGCCUAAGGCAAUUAAGAUCACCAUUUGAACUUGUGAGAUGCAAGCUGACUUUGUAUUACAGUUAUUGGCAAAUGAAUGAGAAAGCUAAGGCUCAAGAACUCUCUACCAAGAAAUUAUUUGGUGACUUGCCACGACUUUGGCAUCGUGUCAAAGCCCCCCAGCCAAAAGAUGCUGCCCAACUAGCACUUAAAAAGAUGCCUUCAGCCGAGCAAGAAACCAUAUUAAUGAGUGAGUAUCAGCGAGGUGUUGGUGCUUGGAAUUUUGACCUUGAAGAUUUAAAAUUCAAAGCAUCCUUGGUGCAAGAUGAUGAUGAAAUUCAAGAUAUCAGGGACCAUGAUGUAGAUUCAACUUCAUUUGCCAAUAAUGAAGCAUCCAAUUCGAAGACUACUACUAUUGGCAAACAUUCCACAAGCGACAUUGAAUCUAGUGAUGAAGUUGUCCCAUCUGAAUCCCUAAUCAAUAAAGAAAGUAAACUGCCAGAAACUGAUGAUAAAGGAAGUAUUAUUGUUGAAGAAAAAAGCAGAAAAGAAACAGAGAAACCACAAGCAGAUAAAGAAGCAGCAGUAGCACAUGCUAAAAAUAGAAUUUUAACAACAACAUGAACAGGAAGAAAUCGCAAAACACAGAGUGCACCUCCUGUGGCUGCUGCAGUCUUGAAUCAUUCAAAGUCUGACAGGACUUGUACUUUAGAAAGGUGUGAAACUGAAAGCUCACAAUUUGUUGAUAAAAUCCAUCAUCAACUCUAAUUAAUUAUGGGUUCCCAAGUAUUUAUGUUGCUGACCCUUUUCAUUUCGUGAUCAAAUGAAAUGAAUUUUGUUCAAUAUAUUUUGUUUUUGAACCAAUGAUUAGGUUUUUACAAAUCUUUCUUAAAUCAUAUGGCACUUUGGUUUAUUAUAUUUUGUCACGUCUGCGGUAAGUUUUCUGUCUUGAGUUGUUUAUAUACUAUUGGUUCCCUUCAAUUACUCAUCUCCAUUAUGGAAUUCAAGUCGUGCGUAAUAUCAAUUAGUUAUGUGCCAGGGCAGCCUUCCAGGUCUGGUGGUAUGUUUUGUGCUGAUUAAUUGUCACUCUCUAGAUAUGUAUAUGUAUAGAAAGGAAUUUUUUAACAUGAACAAGGAUAAAAGUGUAAUGGUUUGGUUGGUUUUCUUUUCAGAUUUGAACUGCUAGACACUCCUGCAAAUUCAAAAGGAAGAUGGCACGGGUAAGGAGUAUCCUUUGGGAGCUGCCCUUGAGGCCAUCAAAAAUACUUUGAUUCAAGGUAAUACAAAACUCUUAUUGGUAGAUCAUUUUGAUUCCACUCUCAUGCAUACAUACCAUGUCUAUUAUUAAUUAGUUGAUAUUGAUAUUGUACAACUGAAAUGAUUAUUGUGUAGGAUUUCCGUGUUGUUCUUCAUUAAGAGUUGGGAUUCAUAUUUAAGCUAAUAGACAUGAUCAUUGGUUGGAUACAUGAAGGGUUUCAGAGCUUGUUAUGACAAGUUAGUGAUGAGUUACUUAAAAAAGAAGGUGCCCUUUAUAGUAAUGUUGUAUUAGGUUAUAUAGUUAGGGAAAACCUCUUAAUAACAAUGUACAAUCAGAU